ACACAUUAGUUUUUAAAGAUUUAUGUAUUGUGCUGUUUAUACCUUAUCUGAUGCCAAUUUAAUGUUAGAUUGUAAGCAUUAAUAUUAGUUCAGCUGUUAUGUGCUGCCACCUAGUGACCCCCUUUGGGAUAGUUGUCCAUAUGUUAAUUAUACACAUCAUUCAAGGUUAAACCUCCCCCUAAAGUUCACAGGAAGUGGAAGUGUAUCCAUCUUGAGCACACACAGACAACUCACAAGAAGAGGGACAGACCCUAGGAUCCUUCACCCUUACACAGGCCCUGGUUACAUAACCGUCUUUUUACAAAAUAAACUCUUCAUAAGGAUAAAGCAUUCAAGUUAUUCAACUCACAGAGCAGUCUGAGUAUUCUUUGCUGAGUCUUAUGUGGAGUGUGUUAAGCUGGCUGGUUAACCUAUAUUACGCAAGGCACAGUAUAGUGUGGAAACAGUACAGUAAAAAGACGGUUGCAGCAGACCUGUAUACAGAAGCGACUGCAUCCUAAACAUGAGUCUGAGAUCGGGGAAGAAGUAUAUACCUGAGGAUGGGCCCCCCCAUGAGACAGCAUGGCAGGGAGAAAGCUAGCACCCAGCAAGAUGAGUUACGGUCACAUGCGUCCAAAUCAUCUAGGUCUAGCAAGAUGUCUGCAGCGAGUUCCCUAGCACUCAAAGCACGAGCAAAGGCAGAGGCCACACGUGUACAGCUAGCCUUUGCAGAAAAAGAAGCUAAUGUGAAAAGAGAAAUCGCAGAAAAACAGGCUAGCAUGAAUAGAGAAAUGGCAGAAGCAGAAGCAGAGCUGCAAAUUCUGCAGUGUCAGAGAGAAGCUGCCGCAGCAGCAGCUGAAGCUGCGGUCUACAUAGAAACAUAUUCAUCAGAAAGUGAGGGAACCCAUGAAGGCCCAGAAAUGCCGGAGAAACCUCUUUCCCCUGCAGAACGUGCAAGUGAGUACAUUCAGCGGGUUUCUAGUAUGCCAACCACUGAACGGUUGAUUAAAACUGAGCCAGCAGAAGUAUAUAGGCCUAAGCCGGCAGCAGUUACAAGUACACCAAGGCAGCACUACAGCGCCAGUGACGUCAAACCAGUUAGAAAAUAUCCAGCAGAAUACCCAAGAGACAGAAUUCAGAGUUUCCCAUUGCCUCAGCCUAAAGAUUGUGCGCCUGAGCAACAAUGCAUACAAGAUAUCACUAAAUAUCUGCUACGCAAAGAAGCAGUUAACUCAAGCUUCAUCAAGUUUGAUGACUCCCCUGAAAAUUACUGGGCUUGGAAGUCCUCCUUCCAGAAUGCAAUCAAAGAUUUGAACCUUUCAGCCUCAGAGACGCUUGACCUGAUGAUAAAAUGGCUAGGUACAGAGUCAGCCGAACAUGCAAAAAGUAUGCGCAGAGUGCAUUUGUUCAACCCUUCAGCAGGACUUGAUAUGGCUUGGCAGAGACUAGAGAAAAAAUAUGGCUCACCUGAAGUAAUUCAGCGAACAUUACAAAAAAGGUUAGAUGCCUUCCCCAAGCUGACCAACAAAGAUGCCAAAAAACUAGAACAAUUGGGAGAUCUUCUUCUGGAGAUAGAGUGUGCCAAAGAAGAGGGAUAUCUGAGAGGUUUAACAUACUUGGACAAUGCUAUUGGUCUUAAUCCCACGGUGGAGAAGCUACCAUACCACAUGCAAUUAAAAUGGGCAUCUGUCGGAACCAAGUAUAAAGCAGAAACAGGAGAAGAUUUUCCCCCUUUCUUUGUGUUUUCCAGGUUUGUGCAGCAACAAGCACAGAUGAAGAAUGACCCCAGCUUUGCCUUUUACAGCAACCGUGAUCAAUCACCUAAACCUGAAAGGCCUUACAGAUACCACGGUAAGACCUCUGUGUCCACACACAAAACAUUUGUCCCUACAGAAACCUCACAUUCUCAAACCAGCAGCAAGGAGGGCAGUAUAGAGAGCCCUGAUAGACAAUGUCCAAUUCACCAAAAGCCCCAUCCUUUAAAAAGGUGUAAAGGAUUCAGAGGCAAACCUAUAGGUGAAAGAAUGUAUUUUCUCAGACAGAAUGGUAUCUGCUUCAAGUGCUGUGAAACCACCAAACACAUAGCCAGAGACUGUAAAAUAUCAGUGAAGUGCUCAGAAUGUGGCAGUGAGAAACAUAUUGCAGCUUUACACCCUGACUUACCUGCGCCACCAGCAGAGACUGUACAAGCCAGGACAGAUCACGGCAGGGAGCUUAGUGACAACUCACCUCCUCCAGUUAUGUCUAAGUGCACUGAAAUCUGUGGCACAGGCAAGAGCUUCCGAUCAUGCUCUAAAAUAUGUUUAGUGACUGUGUUCCCCUCUGGACAAAGAGAGCGAGCAGUGAAAAUGUACGCAGUCCUCGAUGAACAAAGCAACCGAUCUCUUGCAAAGUCAGACUUUUUCAACAUCUUCAACAUUAAAACUACUGUUGCUCCAUACACUUUAAAGACUUGUGCAGGCGUUACAGAGACUGCAGGCAGAAGAGCCACAAAUUUCAUUGUUGAAUCCUUUGACGGGAAAACACAGCUCCCUUUACCAGCAUUAAUAGAAUGUGAUAUGUUACCAGAUGACAAGGAAGAAAUCCCUUCUCCAGAAGUAGCUUAUUACCAUCUCCACCUCCGUCCAAUUGCUAACCUCAUACCAGCUAUUGAUCCUGAGGCUUCCAUACUUUUGCUCUUAGGAAGAGACAUUUUACAAGCACACAAGGUGCAUGAGAAAAUCAAUGGUCCCUUUAAUGCCCCCUACGCACAAAGACUUGAAUUAGGAUGGGUAAUAGUAGGAGAAGUUUGCCUGGGAUCUACACACCAGACUAAUAGAGUCAGUACCUUGAGAACAUCUGUGUUGCCGAAUGGGCGUACCACCUUGUUGAACCCAUGUCAGAACAGGUUCACAGUCAAAGAAAGUUUUGAUAACCUAACGCAUUUCAGUGACUCUUCUGUGUGCAGCCAAGAAGACAUCAGCUUCAAUCCAGAGACUGAUAAGCUAGGAACAACAGUGUUUCAAAAAUCAAAGAAUGAUGACAAGCAAGCUCUAUCCAUAGAAGAUCAAGUGUUUCUUCAGAUCAUGGACAAAGACACCUAUCAAGAUGACAGCCACAGCUGGGUUGCUCCAUUGCCUUUUCGUACACCCAGGUGUAAAUUGCCUUCCAACAGAGAGCAAGCCAUGGUACGUCUCGCCUCACUUCGCAGAACUCUGCAUGGUAAGCCAGGAAUGAAAAGAGACUUCACAGAGUUCAUUAAAAAGAUGCUGGACAAUGAUCACGCUGAGAUUGCAAGACCACUGGAACAAGGUAAAGAACACUGGUAUCUGCCGAUGUUUGGCGUUUACCAUCCACACAAACCUGAUCAAAUAAGAGUUGUAUUUGACUCCAGUGCUGAGUGUGAAGGUGUCUCUUUAAAUAAUGUACUGUUAAGUGGCCCUGACUUAAACAACACAUUGUUAGGGGUUCUCAUACGCUUUAGGAAAGAACCUAUUGCCUUUACAGCAGAUGUGCAACAGAUGUUUUACUGUUUCUUGGUGAGAGAAGACCACCGAGAUUAUUUACGUUUUCUGUGGUACAAGGACCAUGACAUAGACAAAGAAGUAGUUGAAUAUAGAAUGAGGGUCCAUGUCUUUGGUUGCUAUAUACUGCAUGCGUAAAGCUGCUCUGACAAGUGCAGAACAAUUUGGACAAGAUGCCAAACACUUUGUGUUGAGACACUUCUAUGUAGAUGAUGGACUUGCAUCUGCCA